UGUGCUUUCCCGUUGCUCAGUAGUCGCUGGCAUAUACAAUAUUGCCAUCGAUGAAUCAGUAAGAGGUGGAGGAAACGUGAUCCUUUCCCUGCGCUCUGAAGUCCACACCCGGUGCCAAGGAGGGGUGUCUUCCCCGCCGGGGCUCGGCGGGGUGGGGCUCGCAGUUCCCCCGCUUACCGGCCUCGCCCCUCUGGGCGUUAAUGAGAUUAGCAAUUAAAAGGCGGGCGAGCAGUGGCCAGAGACCAGGCCCUGCCAGAGAGCGAACGCGGGCCAUGGAGAAAGAGCGGCCUCAAUGGGGCAACCCGCUGCAGUUUGUGUUCGCCUGCAUCUCCUACGCGGUGGGCUUGGGCAAUGUGUGGCGCUUCCCAUACCUGUGUCAGAUGUACGGCGGAGGGAGUUUCCUGGUCCCCUACAUCAUCAUGCUCAUCGUAGAGGGGAUGCCGCUUUUGUACCUGGAGCUGGCUGUGGGGCAGCGCAUGCGGCAGGGCAGCAUCGGUGCCUGGAGGACCAUCAGCCCCUACCUCAGUGGUGUCGGUAUUGCUAGUGUGGUGGUCUCCUUCUUCCUCUCCAUGUACUACAACGUCAUCAAUGCCUGGGGCUUCUGGUACCUCUUCCACUCCUUCCAGGAUCCCCUGCCGUGGUCUGUCUGCCCACUGAAUGGUAACCGCACAGGCUAUGACGAGGAGUGUGAAAAGGCUACAUCAACUCAGUACUUCUGGUACAGGAAAACACUCAACAUUUCGCCAUCCAUCCAGGAGAAUGGAGGAGUGCAGUGGGAGCCAGCACUGUGCCUCAUCCUGGCCUGGCUGAUGGUGUAUCUGUGCAUCCUGAGAGGCACCGAGUCAACUGGCAAGGUGGUCUACUUCACUGCAUCAAUGCCUUACUGUGUACUUAUUAUCUACCUGAUCCGUGGCCUUACACUCCAUGGAGCCACCAAUGGCCUGAUGUACAUGUUCACACCUAAGAUGGAACAGCUAGCCAACCCCAAGGCCUGGAUCAAUGCAGCCACGCAGAUCUUCUUCUCACUGGGCUUGGGGUUUGGCAGCCUGAUUGCUUUUGCCAGCUACAACGAACCCUCCACCAACUGCCAGAAGCAUGCCAUCAUUGUGUCCAUCAUCAACAGCUCCACCUCCAUAUUUGCCAGCAUUGUGACCUUCUCCAUCUAUGGCUUCAAGGCCACCUUCAACUAUGAAAACUGCUUAAACAAGGUGAUUCUGCUGCUGACCAAUUCUUUUGACCUUGAAGAUGGCUUUCUGACAGCCAGCAACCUGGAGGAGGUGAAGGACUACCUGGCAUCUACCUACCCAAGCAAGUACAAUGAUGUGUUCCCACACAUCAGGAACUGCAGCUUGGAAUCAGAGCUGAACACGGCUGUCCAGGGCACAGGCCUGGCCUUCAUCGUCUACACUGAGGCUAUUAAAAACAUGGAAGUGUCCCAGCUGUGGUCAGUGCUCUACUUCUUCAUGCUGCUGAUGCUGGGUAUGGGAAGCAUGCUUGGGAACACAGCGGCCAUCCUCACCCCUCUGACGGACAGCAAGGUCAUCUCCAGCUACCUGCCCAAGGAGGCCAUUUCAGGUCUGGUGUGCCUCAUCAACUGUGCCAUUGGUAUGGUGUUCACCAUGGAGUCCGGGAACUACUGGUUUGACAUAUUCAAUGACUAUGCAGCCACCCUGUCCCUGCUGCUCAUUGUGCUGGUGGAGACCAUAGCUGUGUGCUACAUAUAUGGGCUGAAGAGAUUUGAAAAUGACCUUCAGACCAUGGCCGGCCGCUCCCUCAACUGGUACUGGAAGGCCAUGUGGGCAUUUGUGAGUCCACUGCUCAUCAUCGGCCUCUUUAUCUUCUACCUGAGUGACUAUAUCAUCACAGGAACACUACAGUACCAAGCCUGGGAUGCCACUCAGGGGCAGCUGGUGACCAAGGACUACCCCCCAUAUGCACUAGCUGUCAUCGGUUUGCUGGUGGCCUCAUCUACCAUGUGCAUCCCUCUGGUGGCCCUGGGGACUUUCAUCAAGAAUCACCUCAAGAAGGGAGGCUCGGCCCCAGUGGCCUAAGAAUGGACCUCCCAGAGACCGAAGUCAGCCACUCUCUGUUUCACAGUGACUGCCUGCUGGUGGGAACUCCUUGGCUGGAGUGGUGGUCUAGGGCCUCCUGCUUCUGUAAAGAGGACUGGGGAGCUUAGAGAGAGAAGACUGCCUAGGGGAGGGGACCACAUCCCCUAGGAGGGGCUCUCCAUCCUUUGCCAUCUGAAGGUCAUACCUUGUAGCCUCCUUGUCAUCAGGGGCUAAGGCCAGUACUGAAGACCAUUGUUUCCUUGAUUCUAGAAAGUCCUAGAAUUUAAGGUAAACUGUCAUGAGAAACUUGACUGUAACUCGUAGGAGCCAAACAAGCACUUCAGUUUUUGGGGUUUUUUUCUUAAAAGAAAAGAAAAUGCUAGAGGACAAUGGCUUCCCGACCAGUGUCUGAGGUUUGAAGUACCUAAGAUGACAUUAUUAAUUAAUUAAUUAAUUCUAAUGAAUUCUUUUUUUUAAGUCACAGCAAGUGUGUAAUUUCUGUGUUUCCUGAUUACUCUCUGAAUACUACCAGGAUUUAGUGGCCACUAAGAGAGAGUUUUUCUGGGGUCCCAAAGGCGGUCACCUUUCUAGAAUCUAAGGUUCACCACAGUAGUCCAGGACUAACCUCUCUACAACUCUAGACUGUAAGGGAUCUGACCAGGGCUUCAGUGUCAGAUACACAUCCAUAGGGAUGCAAUUGUAACUUUGCUACCAGCGUCACUGACAAUCACCUUCACUCACCUCUACAUAAGAAUGUUUUCUAAAAUGUCUACAAAUCACACAGAGCAGUGUGUAGCUGAAAACACUCCAUAUUUAUGGCUGUUAUUCAACCAUCAUGUGAAUUUGUCUUUUUUUUCCUUUUUUUUAAUCAUAAUAAAAUAAAUCAAGGUUAUCUA